AGGCUCUUUGGUGCAACCGGAUACUGUUCCGCCUGCGCAAAGAUGAUACCUGCGUUCGAGAUGGUAAUGCGAGCCGGCGGCAAUGUUUAUCACCUGGAAUGUUUCGCCUGCCAGCAGUGUAAACACAGGUUUUGUGUCGGUGACCGUUUCUACCUGCGUGACAAUCAGAUAUUGUGUGAGUGCGACUACGAGGAGUGUGUCCUGUUCUCCAACGUACCCGUAUGUUCGUACGCACCCACUCACGCCAAACCUACCGCACGCUACCCGCCGCCGCACCGCGGCGCUGGCAUCGAGGACGCAGCGUCGAGUGGAUACGGAAGCCCUGAUUCAUUGUAGCCGCGAGGAGCAGCCGUGCGCAUGCGCGCGUGGAUAGGACACGGUGGCGCCGUGCGGCGGUGGCACGCGCGUGCAUGAGUGACAUUGUAGGUCCGGAAGGGAAAAGAGAUACCUGAGAUAGGAGCGGUCAGUAUCGAACUAUAUACGUAACGUUCAUGUUUUCGUGGAUCCGCCGCCAUCCUGCACGUCUCCUGAGAUGCGAUAUGGGUGACAAGACAUUCAAACUAGUGACUCCUUCUCCUGAGAAGGGAGGUAACUGACCAGACGGUCUGUUUCUUGCCGUUCCUCUGAGAUGGAAGAUUGAUGACAAGACAGCAAACUUUUCUCCAUAAGAAGCAACAGCUGAGUGUGCAAGCUUGUGAACGUGUAAAAUUGUUGUAUAGAAUAAAGUUGUAAUGCCAUAGCACGGGAACGUCUGUCGAUUAUAUGGCAACAUCGGUAUAACUAGUAUGCUAUUAUAUGCUAUAAAGUGUAUUUGAUUUUAAAAUAAAUUUAUCAAUAAAAGACGUUGUCGAGGGUUUGCAAUAAGACAAA